GGCAGGUUUCAUUUUGUAUAAACUCGAGAGUACUGGUGGUGGGCGCGUCUUUUGAGGCUGAGUGUCGACAACCAUUACACUCAUUCGACUAGAGUUCAGAUCCCUCAACCACUCUUGCAGCUCGUUUUCACUCAGGAGCAGCUAUCAUGCCCCGCCGUCUUUCUGUGCCCGAGCAUGAAACAGCACCACCACCCCGCCGAGGUCGAUCCUCGAUGCCCGUAUCCGAUGGAGAAGGAUUAGUCUUCGACGUAUCUCUUCCCGCUCACUUGACCGCUGCCGACGAGCGUAUGGUUCAUGAAGCUUCCGAAAUUUUGAGUCACUCGCCGGAUCUGCAGCCUACAGCUCGAGCACUGAGACAUGCGAGAAUAAACGAAGCAAAGUCUCAGAGCCCACUAUUGAGCUCUUCGCAAAGUCGGUUACCUCGUAGUCGGACUGGAUCUAUCGCAGCUUCCGAAGCGAGCUCGAGUACUCCAAGUCGAAAGCCUAAUAGUCGGCGAACUACUCCCAGAGCUGCCACUCCAGCUGCUGCUGUUGCUGGCUCAUCCUCUCUGAUUCCACCUUCCAACAAGAGAUCAACAAGGAUGUCUUCUGGAUCUGGAUCUGGAUCUGGAUCUACAGCUCCGGUGCCAGACGAGUUGGCGAAUGCAUCGAGUGUCACGGUCCUUGGUGGAGAUGCUUUGGAGGACGACACAGUCUCGUCAGCUUCGUCAUCAUCAUCAUCAUCAUCAUCAGCAUCAGCAUCAUCAUCAUCUGGCUCCUCAACGUCGACAGAUAGCGAGUCCGAAUCUGGUGCUGGAUCCGAGAGCGACUCGGAUGUCACAGAUGAGGAAGAGGACAGUGAAGCGGAAGAGGAACGUCUCGAGAAGCUGUUGCAAAGUGCAAGACUAUCCGCACAGCAGAAUGGCCAGGGCAAGGGGAUCGAGGGAUCUGCCGGAUUCGAUGAAGACGUUCUGCAAUUGACAGCCGAUGAUGGACAAGAGACUAUUCAAGCUCCAAUACCAAACCUCAAUAUUCCUCAAUUACCAACGCCGUAUCUGACGUUCAAAUCGGAUGGCACAGCGGAAUCCUCCGGUUCACGGAAGCUCGUCAAGCCCUCCCUACAAGCCAUCAAGUCAAGAGACACUCUUGAACUCGAUGAUCGACCGUACGAGAAAGCAAUGAGCAAGCGGGAAAAGGCAGCGCAACCCCGGAAGACGACCGUAUCUCAGCAAUGGGCCACACUACCAGCACCUAAGCGCGACGAUCUACCUCAGAUGAAACGAGACUAUCAGGCACUCGCUUUGGCCAACAGUCUGGACCCCAAGCGGUUCAUGAAGGGUGGCACCAAGCUGACCCGAGUGCCGGAAACAUUUGCUAUUGGUCACUUGGUUGAUGCACCACGUCACCUUCAAGACACCACUAUACAGCGAGAAACGAGAUAUACGCCUGGAUCCGUAGUGCAGGGACUGGUCCGCGAUGAGGGAACUGGGUCUUAUGCCAAGAGGAAAUACAGUGAUUUACAAAAGACUAGAAUGGACAACGGUCGAGGCAAGGGAUGGAAGAAGAGGUCCAAGUGGUGA